CAGAAAUGGCGGGAGGGAGCUUUCUUCUGGUGCUGGUUCCUUAACUGGGGGCCUCUCUGGGGAAGUAAAACCCGAUCUCUGCAACCGAGCCGCUGCGCGCAGGAUCUGAACUGAGAGCAUCCGCUGAGUGCGGGCGGCACAAGCUGGUGAGGAGAGGACGAGGGUACGAGGCAGAAAAACAACCCACUUCCACGUGCCAUUAUAGCUUCAGAAUGUCAAGUACUGUGUCCUACUGGAUCUUCAAUUCUGCAAGGAAUCGGAUUGCUUUAUUACAAGGGGGUAGACGCUUAUACUCAAGGGGCGCCUCGAACAGGAAUCAGCUGAAGUGGAGGCAUUUUCCUCAGGCAUCGUCGACUCUAAAGAACCCAACUCCGUGUGGUGGCUUUGCUCUGCAGAAAGCCUACAGACACACAUCAACCGAGGAAGAGGAUUUCCACUUACAGCUUAGCCCUGAACAGGUCAAUGACUUGCUUCGAGCUGGCGAGUCAUCUCACAAGCUUCUUGAUUUCAACGAUGGAGUUCCAAAUUCAGUGUUAAGGUUUGAGAGCAACCAGCUGGCUGCCAAUUCCCCAGUGGAGGACCGACAAGGGGUAGCUUCCUGCAUGCAAACCAACGGACUCAUGUUUGGUAUUUUUGACGGACAUGGUGGUCAUGCAUGUGCACAAGCCGUGAGUGAGAGGCUCUUCUACUACAUGGCAGUGUCCCUGAUGUCCCACCAGACGUUGGAGCAGAUGGAGGAGCAGAUGGAAAACAUGAAGCCUUUGCUACCCAUCCUUCAGUGGCUCAAGCAUCCUGGGGAUAGUAUUUAUAAGGAUGUCACAUCAGUACAUCUGGACCACCUCCGAGUCUAUUGGCAGGAACUUCUUGACCUGCACAUGGAAAUGGGCUUGAGCAUCGAAGAAGCAUUGAUGUACUCCUUCCAGAGACUGGAUUCUGACAUCUCACUGGAAAUUCAGGCUCCUCUGGAAGAUCAGGUGACAAAGAACUUAUCCCUCCAGGUUGCUUUUUCUGGGGCAACAGCUUGCAUGGCCCAUGUUAAUGGAGCUCACCUGCAUGUGGCAAAUGCUGGUGACUGCCGCGCUAUCCUUGGUGUCCAGGAAGACAAUGGUGUGUGGUCCUGUUUGCCUCUCACCCGGGACCACAACGCUUGGAAUGAGACCGAGCUGUCCCGGCUGAAGAGAGAACACCCUGAGUCUGAGGGCAGGACCCUCAUCGUAGAUGACAGGCUGCUGGGUGUCCUCAUACCCUGCAGGGCCUUUGGGGAUGUCCAACUGAAGUGGAGUAAAGAGUUGCAGCGCAGUGUCCUGGAGAGGGGCUUUGAUACUGAGGCCCUCAACAUCUACCAGUUCACGCCACCCCACUACUACACGCCACCCUAUCUGACUGCCAAGCCCGAGGUUACAUACCACAAGCUGAGGCCCCAAGAUAAGUUCCUUGUGCUGGCCUCAGACGGUCUGUGGGACAUGCUGGACAAUGAGGAUGUCGUAAGGCUGGUGGUGGGGCACCUAUCCAAGGCUGCUUGCCGUAAGCCGGACCUGGACCAAAGACCAGCCAACCUGGGACUCAUGCAGAGCCUGCUGCUGCAGAGGAAAGCCAGUGGACUCCAUGCAUCUGACCAAAAUGUAGCCACACAUCUGAUCAGACAUGCCAUCGGGAGUAACGAGUACGGGGAGAUGGAGCCCGAGCGGCUGGCUGCCAUGCUGACCUUACCAGAAGAUGUAGCCAGGAUGUACCGGGAUGAUAUCACUGUCAUGGUGGUGUUUUUUAACUCGGAGUCAGUUGAUACAUAUUAUAAGGAGGGUUAAGAGUCUAGCCCUGUUGCCAAGGCUGACACACGAAUACACUUUAAAACAUUUUCACUUCUAAGUGAGCAAUUCAAACCUUAUCAAGGAAUAGGCAGAUAUAGGUUGCUGAGUAAUUGACUAACAAAGGAAACCCAGCUGUGGUGGGAAAGCAUUAGUAGUGAUUUUUGUCUCUGUGUGCGCUGGUCAACUCUUCUAUGUAGCAGGCAGACAAUACUCAAAAUGGCUUAGGCUCACGUAGCCCAUGUCCUCUAUAAAGACACAAACUGUGUCAUCUUGUGCUUUUAAAGGAUAAAUUUAAUCAUGAGUCUAAGAAUAAAUAACUUCAUGAUCUUCUGAGACCCAGUUACAACAUUUGUGAAUGUGAUCACUCUUGAACUCUGUUAUGCACAACUUCUAGGCUGUAGUUUUUAUUUUGUUUUCUAAUUAUGGAAGCCUAGGUUUACAAAGCAGUCUUCAGGGCACUUUUCUAUGUCGUAUUCUAACUUCCUAUGUUUGUGACUUUCUGUAAUGACCGAAGAUAUUCUGUGCUAUUUGCAUUUUUAAAGCUGGUUCAAUUUAUUUUGAAACUGAAUCAUCAAGCUUGCAAGCAGGACAGCUGUAAGCACAUUUCGAGCCACUCAUCUUGUAUUCUCAGCUGAGGACGAGAGGGGCUAGGUCUCUGAGCUGUCUGAAUGUAAUUGUAUAGCCUUUGGUCCUUUCUCUUGAGUCCAUCCCCAAACCUUCGAGCCAUACUGGGAGGUAACUUCUGUCUAAUCCCUGACCCCUGGCUUUCUGCUUAGUAAAAUGUUCCUCCAGGCUUAGCCACAGGAUUAUUCAUAAUUCUCAUUCUUUCUGAUUAUAUCCCUUAAACACUGACAUAAGACUACCUCUGCUAUGCUGCCCAGCCUCACCCUGCCUUACUGGACAGUCUUUCACCUGUUCUCUCUUGGAAGCGAGGCAACAAUGUGGCCAGGAGGUAGUUGUGCACAUUUGAGGGUGGUUUGUGGAUUUAAGAUUUCAGCCUGAGUCUAGAGUUGGGUAAAGAAUGCCCUAAGAAAACAGCCGUGAGUGGAGGCUUUCUCUUUGCAUCUUGGGAAGGAGGAGGGAGACUUAUCAGAUGGGACACCUGCCCCUGCCUGUUAUGAAUUGCCGCUGCUAUGCCUCGGUGAUUAGACCAUAUUUGGUGUGAGAGUUGGGUGAAAACUGAGAUGCAUCUGGUCAUAGGGGCUGCAGAAUCUUUGUGUUUGCUUGAAAGCUAACCCACAUGGAUCCUUGUUAGGGGAUACAUUUCUUCCUCUCUUUGGCUGUGGCAUUAAACAGCAGGAAAUGUGUCCCUAAAUGGAAACACAUGUAUUUUUUUUGGCAGUUUUAAUUUCCUGUACCUCAUCAGAGCACUGUAGGCAAAGUCUUAGUCCUUCCCUUGUCUCUUACCCACUGUGCUGUCACACACUAACAGGUAACUAGGUUUGGCCCCCUCGGUUUUGCAGGUAGACAUUCUGACAAGAGUUGGGGCUGGGCUGGCAGAACAGCUCAGUGGAUAAAGGCUGCCAACCCUGGAAACUUGAGAUCCAUUCCUGGGACCCAUGUGGUGGAAGGAGUUAAAAGUUGCCCUCUGAUCUCCAAAUAUACAUGGCACGUGUACUCACAAAAUAACUAAAAUUGAAACAUAUGGGGCUUGUUCUUUGGAUAUUUCCUAGUGUACCUAUUUUGUGAUAUGGUCUCAUGUUUUUUUUUAAAAGGGACUCUUGGGUCCUUUUGUUCUGAAACCAUUACUGUUACUUCCGAUCUCUUAGAUUUUUACUCAAAAAUAAAAUGUAGGUAGUUCUUCCUUGGAGGGACCUGCCUGUACCCACACUUGGGUACGCUUACUUUCUGUGGUUCUUUCAUACUCUUACGUGUGACUUACCUGGGGGAGGGGGACCUUUCUUUUAACUCUCGUGUGUAAGAGAGUCCUAAGUAAUAACCCCAACUGUGCCACCUCUAAAAUAAAGUAGAAAAAACCUGGGUGUGCCGCACAUGCCUUAAUCCCAGCACAUGAGUGAAGGAGGGAGGAAGAUCAUAAGUUCAUGGCACCCUGUCUAAAAAAAAAUAUUAGUGUGUUCCAGCUAGGCACUAAGGCCAGCCUAGGUUAUGUAGUGAGAACUUGCUUCAGGAAAAACAAAACAAAACAAAAAGGUAACCCUAAAUGUGAGUCAUUAUUAUUCUAGCUUGAAGGCUUGCUGUUUGAAUGGAAGACACUAUUUGACAUUUGUUUUCUUUGUCCUUUUUUUUUUUUUUUUUUUUUGCACCAGCUAAACCCAGGAGUACUCCUGGGAGCCUUAAGUGGUAUUCAGUAUCUGAGCCCUAUUUUGGAGGCUGGUAGAAUGGUUCUGAUUCGGGUAACUUAUCCUGAAGUUGAUAGAACACAGACCUCACAUUUGUGUCUCCAAGAGUGUCUGUGCUUUCUCUCUGCUAAUGGAUGCCCCUGUUUUCCAGCUGAAAUAUUGAGAAAGAAGAAAGACUGGCUUAUUAUCUACCUUUUCUCUUCCUAUGAACUCAGCUCUCCUUUCUGUGUCUGCUCCAGUGAGUACUGCCUUCUGGUUACAUGUCAGUAUGUCUGUCUCCCUGGCCAUGGGUUUUGGCCAUGGCCCCCUAAAUCAAGUGAGUUUUUGCUUUGGGACACUGAAAUGGGAAAGGAGAUUCAUGGUUCUUGUCAGUUCUUCCAAAACUCUUAUCAUCCUUUUCAUAUAGAGUCUUCAGUUUUUAGACUUUUAAAAUGUAAAUAGUGAGAUUAGCCAUUUAAUAUUACAGAUGUAACUUGAAGGAAGUAUGUCUUGGUGCUUAAAAAUGACAUGAUUUGGGGUAAGAAACUAAUGGAAAUGGUGUUGUUUAGAUAUUUGUUUUUUUGUACAGUGCUGUUGAUUUCUGAAGCUAGUAAAACUGUAGAAAAGAUCGUAGUUUUGAAUGUAUGCUAGAUCAUGUUAAUAAGAUUCAGUUUUCUGAGAUGUUAUUUAUAACGUUAAAGCUAAUUUAUUAUAUGUAAACUUUGAGGUGUUGUAAUAUAUGGAUGUUUUCCCCAGAAGUACAUUUGACUUAAAAGCUAAGAAGCUUUUAGGACACUGGACAAAACUCGGUUGAGACACAAUCAAGUUGACAACUUUUAAACACAGGUAAAAUGUGAAUGGCUUGAUCUUCAGAUAAAGAAGGGAAUAAUUAUGUAAAUCAACGACAAAAUGUAUUCAAAAGAAGGCUGGUUCUGUCCUUCUGACCAACUUGUUUUCCUUGGACAGCUAGCGAGAAGCUGUAACCUCCCAGGCUAAACUUAAUAUUCUGGAAUGGAGCCACCCCAGCUUCAGGUCUUUGAAGGGCAGUUGUGACUCCCUUUGGAUUUGAAGGUCAAGGCUAGAGAUGCAGCCUGUGAUGUAAACUGCCAUGUGUGUAGCCUGGUGGUGGAGGCCUGUUUGGACUGCUGCAUAGCUAUUUCCUGAGCCAUCCCUUCCUCCUUUGGUUCCUGGUGUUUAACUUGCCUCCUGGGAAAAUAUUUCUUACUAUGCAUUUUCUUGGAACAAUCAUUAACCACAUUCUUUAAUAAUUACUGACAUUUGUAUUUUAAGCUAUGUACUGGUGUUCCUAUCUGACCCCGAUUUUCUAACCUUUGAGGAUAUUUAAGUAGAACUUUUAAAUAAAAGGAUCAAAAAUGAAA